AUGGAGCGUCAAAUUCGAAAAUUCAUUCAAAAGCACUUCAUCCACAUACUUGUUUACCAAGUAAUCAUGUUCACCAUCCUUUUCGUCCUAAUACGAUUUGGAGCAGUUGAAGCGCCGGCUCUCACCAAGCGCUGGGGAGGCUUUGAUUCUCGCCCAACGUCGAAUCGAUGCUAUGCUCAGGAACGUACGGCCACCCUCCUAUCAUAUAUUUUGGGUCCGCUGGCUGUGGACCAAUUUUACGCUCACCACUGGGUCCUGGCUGUUUUUAAACUACUCACCUUUGGUGGUCUGGGAUUGUGGUGGUUUAUAGACAUUAUUUUAUGGAUUGUUGGUGGUGUCUACGGAACACCUGGUUGCCCAGGGGGUUACCAUGGUGUGUAG